AGUUCUCAAUCGACUGCUGACGAAGUAGAACAGCGACUUAGGGUUUUUUCUCUUUCCAAAGUGGAGAACAAAAUCAUCGUUUUAGGGGAUGCCGAUGUCAGAUCGGAUGUGGAGGAAUGUCACCAUAGCCUUUUUGGCCGCAUCGUGGGUGAUAAAAGGGCUAGCCUGGGUAUCAAAAAAGCCAUGACUCAGAUUUGGCGUCUGAAAAGUUCCUUGGAAGUUAGAGAGCUGGGAGCGAAUUUUUUUCAAUUCAUCUUCGCCAAUGUUGCAGAUCUCCAGAAAGUUGAAGGAGGCACGAACUGGAUCUUUGAAAACCAGUUUCUUAUACUCAGGCGGUGGGAACCAGGGAUGAAUAGCUCUGCUAAAUGUUUCUCUGAGCUCAAUCUCUGGGUACAAGUCCACAAUGUGCCCCUCAACUGGAUGACGGCCGAGGUAGGGCUCAAAAUUGGCCAAAUUUUCAAAGAUGUGUCCAAUGUAGUGGUUACCAACCUAGCCUAUCAAGGAGGUCGACUCAUCAAAUUGCUAGUAACUGUCGAUCUUAACGAGCCACUACCCAGAUGCACCUCCAUUAGGUUGGGCUCCCAAAUCGUCACCGUUACAUUCAAAUAUGAACGCCUAGUUAAUCUCUGCUUCUACUGUGGCAUGAUCGGACACAUUGAGAAAUCCUGUAAGCUAAGAAUGGAAGAUAUCAAGAACAAGAUGCUCCAUGAGGGUCAAUUUGGUGAAUGGUUGCGAGCCACUGAAGGGUUGCAUAGCCAAAACUGGAAUCAGGGGACUUCUUCAUCUGGGCAAGCAAAGGAGCCAUCUUCAUCUCCCACCAACACUAAUAAUAACCCCAAUACAAAUCACAAUGAGGAGGUUAUGACUAAUGAUGGUUCUGCUAAAGUUACAGGCCACAGCCAGAAUGAACCAAAUGGGAACCAAGCUACCAGUACAAAUGAAGAUCAUUUCCCCUCUAAUUCUUCAGAGAAAGGGCUGGUCAUUUACAGUCCUAAACCUAGUCCAAUCCAUACAGAAGUUUCAUCCUCUCAAGCAGACAUGGAGAUGAUGGCAAUCAAUAUCUCUGAUGAGGAGACUCCCCCUCACAGAGACGCCGCUAAAGCCAAAGGGAAAAGUAAGAAGGGGGCAGUG